GAUUAUGAAGCAUUUUUGUAAACAUUGACACUGACGUUAUGGCUCUUUUUAAACAUUUUCUAAAUCCUUUUAAAAGUAUUUUGCGAUUAUUUGCCACCGCUGCCAAACCAAAAAAGUCACUUUGCAAGGAUGGAGGAAAACCGCCACCAGAGAAAGAACUCAAACCCAAACUCAAAACAUUCCAAAUCUACAGAUACCUGCCGCACGAAGGCAAAACCUUCAAAAAAUCCUACACGUUGGACUUGAACAAGACGGGCAUCAAAGUUCUGGACGCUCUGAUCAGAAUCAAGCGGGAAAUGGACCCGACCUUGGCGUUCAGGAUGUCCUGCAGGGAGGGAAUUUGCGGGUCCUGCGGCAUGAACAUCGACGGCAAGAAUACAUUGGCUUGUUUGGCUCCAAUCAGCCCCAAAGGCACCACGAAAAUCUACCCGUUACCCCACAUGUACGUCAUACGUGACUUGGUGGUGGAUAUGAAGCAUUUCACUAAGCAGCAUAGGAGAAUAAUGCCGUGGUUGAUUAGAAAAGAGGACCCCGGCCCCGAUAAGCAACUGCUGCAGAGUGUUAAGGAUCGCGACAAGAUAGAUGGGCGCAUAGAGUGCAUUCUAUGCGCGUGCUGCUCCACCUCUUGUCCCGAAUACUGGUGGCAUGGACACUCCAAGGACGAGAAAGACUUCCUCGGGCCUGCAGCCCUGUUAAACGCAUAUCGGUGGGUUAUAGACUCGAGGGAUCAGGCCCAACAGGAGCGUUUGGCCAUGCUGAAGAACUAUUUUAACGUGUUUCGGUGCCACACCAUAAACAACUGCACCAAUUGUUGCCCGAGACAGUUGAAUCCCGCCCAAGCCAUAUCGAAUUUGCGUCUCUUGCUGACCAACCUGCAAAACAAGAAGAAGCCGGAUUUGCCCGGAGCGGUUUUAAUAGAACCGGAAAAGGCGUGUAACGUUGAAACUGAUGAUGAAUGCAAAACAUGAAAUGUUAUUUAUAUA